GUGUUGCAGGUAAUGGAGAGCUAGCAUGGCCGAGAAGAAGGCUGACGAGCAGACCUUUUCCGAGAAACUACUCUUCUACACCACUGCCAGCUUCAUCCUCCUUGCCACCUUCAGCCUAUUCGCCUUUCUCUUCCUCGUGCCUUUUGUCAUCGAACCAGCUUUCACCACCAUUUUUAUGGAGUUCGAUGAGGAGCCAGCCUUCUGCAUCACCAUGAGCUCCAUCACAACUAAGGGUCAGACGAAUUGCUCGUCGUGGACCUCAUGCAAGGAGGGCUGCACUAAGGAGGUGUACGAGUGUACGCAGAUCACCGUUAAGUACAAGCUUUCCGAGAAGGUGGAAGUGGAGGACGAAGCUGUCAGGUCAGCUCGAGUGGAGAGGGCGCUCCGGCCGGUGUAUCCCGACGAGUACGAGGACGACCUUCCGCCAGGAGUCGAGGACGAGUCAUUCACAGGAUUGGCGCCCAACGGCUCCGAGUGGUACUACAUCGGGGCCCGGCUGUUCCCUAACGUCAAGGGCUGCGGGUACCCGCCGAUGCUCAACUGUUCCGUCUGGAUGGCCGCCCACGUCAAGGAGGGCUCCAACUUCUCCUGCUACUACUCGAGGUUGGAGCCCGGACUGGUCAUCACCGACUUGGACAUGUGGCAGGUCUACAUGAACUUGGUCUAUGCCAUGGCCAUACCCAUCCCGUCCUUUAUCGUUUCCGUCAUAUACUUGGUCAUGGCCUACUUUUACAUCUACAACGAGGAGCCCGAAGAGGUCGAUGAGACUACACCCCUUCCGGUGUCUACUCCUGUACCCCCACCUACUUCCGGGGCACUGACUCCGGCCUCCGAGGUCUUCCGCGAGGAUCUCGCUUCCUUCGGGCACCAGCUCAAGGUCGCUAUGGCUGACGACAUCAGCAGGGAGUCCAUCUUCACAGACAGCGUACCUCUCAGCACCAACUCCAUCAAUGGGAACGUAAUGAUGACCACGUCCAUCAUCACCCCGCCAGGCCCGAUAGCGGAGGUCUGAAGCGGGCAGUCCUGGGCCUCGGGUACAACUCCUGGAGGACCCAGCAGAUCCCCAUCGCUACCCAGCCUCUGAGGGACACCUGGAGGACACGCGGCACCAUCUUCAGGAUAGCACAGGACCAGCAGUCUCUGGGUCUGCAACGGAUGGUACUCACGGUGGGGGAAGGAACCAUAGGCUAUAGCAAAACUAUAUAAUUUGAAAAAAAAAUAAUAACUCAUUAUUUCCUCUUCAGCUAAAUCAAUAAAAUUUAAUACAAAAGGCAUCAAAUUGUUAUUCCGGAGUAAUAAUUUUAAUUUUUUUUUUUUUUAGAUUAUCCCCUACCUCGCUAUUUCUGAUAUACGGGGG